UGCUAGCUAGAUAGCCGAAGGACAGUGUGUGCGUCUGACGGUGUUCGAGGUCUCACUUUGUCGUGUUUUAAACAGUGUUUUUCUUGUUAAUCUUUUAUUUUAAUAGCAAGUUGAACCACCGCACGUUCUUUUGAACACCUGCUUUAACGAGAGCGGCCAACAGAGGAAACGUAAGGCGUUUUUCCUCAGGCGGGAAUCGGUGAAUUGACCCUCGAAAUGGAUAUUAGCUAGCUAGCUUGUUCGCUAACUUCUGAAAAGCGACUCGCUAGCCUAGAAGGACCACGGGUUUCAGGUCUCCUUGUGCGUUUAGAAUUUUACCAAGUUGUCAUUUGUAAAACUAUCCUUUGUUUCCACACGUAUCUAGUUUUUAAACUCCUUGGGUGAUAUUGACCUGGAGAGUACAACUUAACUUUAGACAAGCCCACCGCAUAAAGAAGAGGUAAGAGGUGUCCGUCUCCUUGUCUCCUCUGGUCAUUCACGACAAUGAUGUCGAACCCGCCGGUAUUCCCGAACCCGCAACAACAGCAGGGUCUACAACAGAACCUGCAGUUCCAUGUCAAGCCUACCCUUCAAAUCAAGAAAAAUGCCAUUACGGAUGACUACAAGGUCACAAGCUCGGUACUCGGACAGGGUAUAAAUGGCAGGGUCAUAGAAAUCUUCCAGAGGAAAACGGGAGAGAAAUUCGCUCUAAAGAUGCUGCAGGACUGCACCAAAGCCAGGAGAGAGGUGGAGCUGCACUGGCGAGCGUCGCCGUGCUCACACAUCGUCCGCAUCGUGGACGUCUACGAGAACCUGUACCAGGGCAAGAAGUGCCUGCUCAUCGUCAUGGAGUGCAUGGACGGAGGAGAGCUGUUCAGUCGGAUUCAGGACCGUGGGGACCACGCUUUCACAGAGAGAGAGGCCUCUGACAUUAUGAAGAGUAUUGGCGAGGCUAUUCAGUUUCUUCAUGCCAUCAACAUCGCACACAGAGACGUUAAGCCCGAGAACCUUCUGUACUCCACCAAGAGGCCAGUCAAGGCCACUCUGAAGCUGACGGACUUUGGCUUCGCCAAGGAGACGACGAUGCACAACUCCCUGGCGACGCCCUGCUACACUCCCUACUAUGUUGCCCCAGAGGUUCUCGGUCCAGAGAAGUACGACAAGUCCUGCGACAUGUGGUCACUCGGAGUCAUCAUGUACAUCCUGCUCUGUGGCUACCCUCCGUUCUACUCCAACCACGGGCUGGCCAUCUCUCCUGGCAUGAAGCGGCGCAUCCGUAUGGGCCAGUACGAGUUCCCCAACCCAGAGUGGUCAGACGUGUCCGAGGAAGCCAAAGACCUCAUCAGAACUCUCCUGAAGACAGAGCCUACCGAGAGGAUGACCAUCACUGAGUUCAUGAAUCAUCCCUGGAUCAACCAGUCGAUGGAAGUGCCACAGACUCCCCUCCACACCAGCCGAGUGCUGAAGGAAGAACAGGACGCCUGGGAGGAGGUCAAGGAGGAGAUGACGAGUGCCUUGGCCACUAUGCGCGUGGACUACGACCAGAUCAAGAUCAAGACCAUCAAGGACUCCACCAACCCACUGCUGAUGAAGAGGAGGAAGAAGAUCAACCCGGCCGGACAGAACGCAGAUGCAGACACACAGAACCCUGAUCUCUGAAGAGCACACACACACACACACACACACACACACACACACACACACACACACCUGCAGUCAGUCAGACUCAACACACACUCAUGCUCUAACAAAGAGGACAUGUAUGUAUACACACAAAUCCACACACAUAAAUACAUAAAUGCAUAAACACACACACAUACAUGCAGACAUACAUGCUCAGAUGACGCACACUCACACACACUUACCUGUGUUCAAUAGAAGGAGGAUACACACACAAACACAUACACUAUGCAUACGUACAUACAUGGAAAUCGUUUAAAAAAAAAAAAAACGAAAAAAAAGGAAGCAAUAAUUCAACUAUAUCCUGGGAAAUCGACUGCAUGAAUUUUAUGAAAUUGCCAGGAUUUGAAGGUUUUCCCAACGAAUGUCUUUUUUUUUCUCCCCUUUUCUUUUUUAAAAUAACAAUUUCUUUUUAUUACUCCGCUGUUUUAACGAAUCAGCCACUGUGGCAUUCUGGGAAUGCUUGAGGGGUCUCCCCCUGCGUUCCGCUGAUUUCUUGGGAAGCCGGAAGGAUCCGGAAUUACAGAGGAACCGAUGCAACAGAAUCCGUUUGAUUUGUGUACGCGUGUUUUUAGAGUCCUGUUUACCACACGUUUAUUCAUUUUGUUUAUUCAUUCUGCUAGCAAGCCGGCCAGCCAGCCGAAGAGGAGGCACGACUGUAUAGUCUCUUUCUGUUCUUUGUCUCUCUCUCUCUUUCUCUUUCUCCCUCUCUCCCUCUCUCUCCCUCUCUCCCUCUCUCUCUCUCUCUCUCUCUUUCUCUGUCCUUGUCUACUCCCAUUCAAAGCCAUAGGUCUGUCAAUAUUUGCAGAGCGCAGUUGUGAUGAGUUGCCUCAUGUUUUCUUUUUUUCUGGUUCUUAGUUGAGGACUCCUCAUGGAGGCCCUGUUAGCAUUGGGGUGGGGGGGGUCUCUGUUAGCGUGGGGUGGGGGGGGGUUUGUCUGCUCCUGAUAAUGCAUUAAGACCCCCUAGAUCUGAGGCGCCCCCCCCCCCAAUCCUCUUUUCCUUGAGUCUUCUGUCCGCGCACUUGUGUGUUCUUCGUGGGGUGGGAUGGGUCAAAGAUAUGAUGUUGCUACAGUCACUAACUAACUUGCAGAUCUAGCAAAACGUUUAGUGAUUAUUGAUUACGACUCGUGGAAUGUAGAUUCACUCACUGACUUGGAUUUUGUGAAGCCCUAACGCGACCCCUUGCACACACGCACACACACACACACACACACGCGCGCGCGCUCUCUCCUUCUCUUUCUUUCUUUUUUUUUUUUUCGGGUGUGUGCUACUUACCCACCGCUUAGGGUACAGGGGGCAGUGGGUGUCAGUGGCCUUCAUAUCCUCAAUGACUUCACGCCUUCUGUGUGUGUGUGUGUGUGUAUAUGUGUGUGUAUGGUGGUGGUAGGGGUCCGGUUGGGGCCCCGUAGCAGUGCUCCUCAGGGCCGGAUCAGUGCCGCAUCUGGGCCAGAUGGCUCCCUCCUGCUUGCUCUUGCUCAGUGGAGUCCCGAUGGUCCUCACCCACCCCAUUACAUCAGUAGACGCGUCGCACUGGAUACAGCACGCUUCCAGGUUGCGACCGCUUCCUAGUUUGAUGCCUUCUGGACCUACUGGGCCACCGUAGUCUUAGUGGUUAUUAAUGAAAUGCUUUGGAGACAGGUGCCCUGUAGUUUCACCCCCCUUUCACCCCCCCUCUUGACGGCCAUUCUUGAGUCACGACUAUAUUUUACUACAUAUAGAGAUGUUUAUCUUUUAUACCCCGAGUUCUCAUCGUGUCGCUCUGCAAGUCCGGCGGCAGCACUGCGCACACGUGAUUUUGUUCGCCGGUUGUUUUUUUAGAUGUUUGAAACUAUCGUAUGAGUCCCAGAGUGUUGACGCCGGUAUUCCACAGGAAUGCGCUCGUCGCUUGCGCGCGGAAAAGCCCCUAGAGCCUAGAGCCUCCUGAUGCCCUUCCUCCCUCCCACCUCACUGUCGAGCGUGAGAUGAAAGCAACACGGCACAAGACAGCUGUCGGAAAAGGGAGCCGAUCCCCGCGGGCCCCCCUCUUCACACAAGCACGCACUCUGUCUUUAAGUGUCGUUCUCUUGGGCGGUUUCAGUGCCGCCUCACAUGGUUGACCUUCGACCUUCGACCUUCGGAGGCUGUCUACACACGUGGAGGGGUCAGACAGGAAGUGGUGUGACACAUCGCGUGCGUAGCUGCGGCUCGAAACGGAUCCGUAUCAGUUCUGGCCUAGAAACACUAGCAUCUCUGUUAAGAGUGUUACACCAGCGCUGGGGAGUGGGGGGGGGUGAAACAGAGGUAGCUGGGUGUCAGAACUUUGACAGAUAAAUGGGGAAGAGGGGAUGAGGAUACUGUUGAAGUUGGCGGACUGUUGACGUGUGUUCAUAUCAACAGCAGUAUAUCCAGUGUUUCUAGUGCGUCUGGGUCGGCACGCUCCGUAUCUGGACACUACCUGUGUUGUGUUUCUCUCUCUCUCUCUCCCUCUCUCUCGGAGACGUUGGAAAUUAGUAUGCGUUUCUUUUUUUCUUUUUUUUUCAUGCAGUUAAAGCAGUGGCUGUGUCCGAAUGUGUCGCAUGUCUCCAGUCCUGUAAAAAUGGAGAGUCAAGGUUUUGUUUUCUUUUUUUUUUGUUUAUUUUUUCCUUUGUGUCCAACUGCUGUACGUAUGUUUGUUCGUUUGUUUGUAUGUUUGUAUGUAUGUCUCAGUCUGCUUCAACUUUGGAUUAAAACACAAAAAGAGAAAA